AUGGCGCAUCAACUGGCACCGUCUGUAAAUUGUUCAUUAGACGACAUUGAUCUCAGCGCUUUAAAGGAUCCUGCAGGGAUAUUUGAAUUAAUAGAAGUCGUCGGCAAUGGCACGUACGGACAAGUUUACAAGGGGCGUCACACUAAAACAGGUCAACUGGCAGCCAUCAAAGUUAUGGAUGUCACACAAGAUGAGGAGGAAGAGAUAAAGUUAGAGAUAAAUGUGCUUAAAAAGUACUCUAACCAUCGAAACAUAGCCACAUACUAUGGUGCAUUUAUCAAAAAGAGUCCUCCUGGAAAAGAUGAUCAGCUAUGGCUGGUUAUGGAAUAUUGUGGUGCAGGAUCUGUGACAGACUUAGUUAAAUCAACUAAAGGACAAUCCUUAAAAGAAGAAUGGAUUUCAUACAUUUGUAGAGAAAUCUUGAGAGGGCUCAGUUAUCUACACUCAAACAAAGUGAUCCAUCGUGACAUCAAAGGACAAAAUGUCUUACUUACAGACAAUGCUGAAGUUAAACUUGUGGAUUUUGGAGUGUCAGCCCAACUGGAUAGAACUAUAGGUAGAAGAAACACAUUCAUUGGUACGCCAUAUUGGAUGGCUCCAGAAGUAAUUGCUUGUGAUGAGAACCCUGAUGCUACAUAUGAUAACAGAUCCGAUCUUUGGUCUCUUGGCAUCACGGCACUCGAGAUGGCUGAAAGUCAACCACCCCUUUGUGAUCUCCACCCAAUGCGAGCACUAUUUCUUAUUCCAAGGAAUCCUCCACCUCGUUUGAAGUCAAAAAAAUGGGCAAAAAAAUUUCAUAGCUUCAUUGAGACUGUGUUAGUAAAAGACUACCACCAGAGGCCUUAUACAGAACAACUUCUAAGGCAUGGAUUUAUUAGAGAUCAACCAACAGAGAGGCAAGUAAGAAUACAACUAAAAGAUCAUAUAGACAGAUGUAAGAAGCGGAAGCAAGACAACUCAGUACGAGAAGACUACAAGUACUCAGGAUCAGAAGGAGAAGAAGAUGAUAAUGCAGUGGCUGGGGAGCCUUCAUCUAUUGUGCAUAAUGCGGCCGCGCAUCAAGGCGGUGAUACUCUUCGUCGUAACUUCCAACAAAUUCAAGAACCAGGAGCCAGACAAGCUGAAGCUCCUCAACCGCAGCCUCCGCCGAAGCGGAACAGUAAACGCGAAGAACGUGAGGAAAUUCCAGAACCAGGCCCUCCUGCGAGGCCUUCUAUUCCACAAAGACUGAUAGUUGUACCAGACCCCCAGGCGCAACAGCCUAAUAGAUAUAGACCUCUACCGCCAACUCCAAAGUCGUCGGGCUCGUCAAACAGUUCAGGCUCUAACAAUGGCACUCCUCCCGCCAGCGGUCCACAGCCUCCUCAACGCGGCUCACAUCACAUUUUCAAACCCAUGCUUCCACCAAGAAGGCCAGAGGACUUAGACAAGUUAGCUGCACAACUUAAUGAACUUGGCGUUGUUUCUGGUAACGAGCCUCCUAAUCGACCACCUCGUGCUCCCACUAAUGGACAAGGUCCACCAGUAGAGCGUAACCCUCCAGAACCAGCAUUUGAUGAUUCCGAUACCGAUUCCGACGCUGAGGAAAGCGGUGGGCGAGUUCGAAACGACGGUACUUUGCUGGCGAGUGAUCCACCAAAGCCACUGCCGGGACUGAGCGCGGUGUCGGAGGACGGCAGCGGCGGCGGAAACGCAGGCGGCGCGCCCACUCGCCCGCUGCCUCCCACGCCCGACGACGACGACACGCACGGCGACCGCACGCUCGUGAAGAGGAAAGAAAAUACCGAAAGCGAUAAGAGGCAAUCUGACGUGGAUGAGGCAGUCUUACUGAAGGACUGGGACUUUGCCCGCUUUUUCCCUCCGAAGAAUACCGAGUCCAAAGAAGAGAAAAAGGAUUCAACAAAAAAUAAUGAUCCGAAACGCGCACAGUUACAACGUCAGUCUCGCUUAGAAAUGGAAGAUGCGUGGUCGAAGUAUAAAGCCGUUGCUACUCCACCCUCAAGACAUAAACAAAUGUUUCAAAAAACGAAUGAAAAAUCAACACAGGAUAAGUUAUCAGAUAUUCUGAAGUACAACAAAAAGCCGGAACCGGAUACAGAAUCAAAUUCGCCGAAUCGUUUCUUCAGAGGUUUCAGAAGAGAAAAUUCCGAUCUUUUCCCACUGCCAAGUACUCGACACUCUGCUAUAUACUUUCCAAAGCAUGAAAGUCCAGUAAUAGGAGUAAAUAAACAGUUACGAUCUAGCGGAAUUUUCAACAAUUCACGUAAGCAAGUUAUUAAGCUAUCAUCCGGAGAACCAAUAUUAACAGACUUUAUUAAAACCAAUGACAGUUUGAAAAUGAGGGCCCAAGCAGAUGCAAGAAAAGGCGAAAAAAAAUGUUUCGACAAUAAACUUGCAGCUAAUAAUCCAAUAGAGGCCUUAAAGAAUGUCGCCGCCUUAAUUAGGCAGGACAGUGAUAGCAAUGGGCCAAGUCGACAAAGCAGUGUAAACAGCGACUCGCCCGCUACAAGCAUUUGCUUCACAAGCAGCACAUCUUUUGAGAAAGCUGGCACUCCUGACUUAACAGCGAAUACUUUUGAAAAUCAACUAAGCUCGGAUGAAAUAGUUGAAUCUAAUAAGGUCAUGAAACCGCGAAGAGAAAAGACUGAAUCUGAUAUAAUUUUUCGGAGAAAUUCCCAAUAUAAUCGGCAUACAGAGCUAUUGACAAGUUGUGGGCAGGAAGCGGUACUCGUUCAGGAAAAGGGUCGAUCGAGCGGUGCUAAUGAAGGCAGUGGGUCUCGGACUAGUUCCGUACUGCCCGACUUGUUGAGCCAGGCUGGCCAACCAACCACUCCGCCGCGACACGAUAAAUCAACGAGUGAAGAGUACAGGCAAGCCAUUGCCGGAGGCACCCCUUUGUCCCAUCAUCACCACCACCCACCGUCAUCCUCGGUCCAAUCCACACCGUCCAAGUCUUUCAUCUCGGGCGUCUCCUCCCCCCACCCAUUACAGCAUUCUCCUUCAAACUCGUCCGUGGGGUCCCAACAACAGUUCCUUCAACAGAAGCAGCGUUCAUUCCUGACGUUCGGAUUUGGUGCUGGUUCCACUGGCAGCGGCGGCACAGCAGGUUCUGGUGGUAAUGCUUCCCGGCGAGAGAGCCACGUCAACGUCAAUGUCACACCCACGGGACACGAUCUAUCUUCCGAUACGCCCGAAAUACGUAAAUACAAGAAAAGAUUCAACUCUGAAAUCCUCUGUGCAGCAUUAUGGGGAGUCAAUUUACUUAUCGGCACCGAAAAUGGUUUAAUGUUGCUAGAUCGUUCAGGCCAAGGUAAAGUUUAUCAAUUGAUCUCGCGACGCCGCUUCCAACAGAUGGAAGUGUUAGAAGGACAAAACAUACUUGUAACUGUUUCGGGGAAAAAGAAUCGUGUGCGUGUUUACUACCUUAGCUGGCUCAAGUCCAAAAUAUUGCGGACUGAUGGACUUAGUGAUCAAGCCGAGAGGAGAAAUGGGUGGAUAAACGUUGGAGAAUUACAAGGAGCGGUACAUUUCCGUAUCGUAAAGUAUGAAAGGAUCAAGUUUCUUGUAAUCGCUCUGAAAGACUCGAUCGAAAUUUAUGCAUGGGCGCCUAAACCAUAUCAUAAAUUUAUGGCCUUCAAAAACUUUGGAGAUCUGCAACACAGACCUCUUUUAGUGGAUUUGACCAUAGAAGACAGCACAAGACUGAAAGUAAUAUAUGGAUCUGCUGAUGGUUUCCAUGCUGUUGAUUUAGACACUGCAACUGUCUAUGAUAUUUAUAUUCCAAAGCAUGUAAGUAGUAAUACACAAGGCGCAAUCGUUCCACACUGCAUUGUCCCUCUACCAAAUUCUAAUGGAGUUCAGUUAUUGUUGUGCUAUGAUAAUGAAGGUGUCUAUGUCAAUACUUACGGGAGAGUUAGCAAGAACAUAGUUCUACAGUGGGGUGAAAUGCCAACAUCGGUAGCCUACAUAGGUACUGGACAGAUUAUGGGAUGGGGUAAUAAAGCCAUCGAAAUUCGUUCAGUAGAGACUGGUCACCUAGAUGGCGUAUUUAUGCACAAGAAAGCACAGCGACUCAAAUUCUUAUGUGAACGCAAUGACAAAGUAUUCUUUUCUUCUGCCAAAGGUGGUUCCUCUUGUCAGAUAUAUUUUAUGACGCUCAAUAAACCCGGCAUGGCCAACUGGUAG